AUGUUAGAUAAAAUAGCCAAACAGGUGCAGCCCAUCAUGCGUAGACACAAAUGGCGUGUCAAGCUUCUUUCUGAAUUCUGUCCGAACAACAGGUCUCUUCUGGGAUUAAAUGUAGGAGGUGGGGUGCAUGUGAAGUUGAGGCUUCGUAGACCAAACAGGGAUUGGGAUUUCUUUCCAUUCGAUCAGGUUCUUGAUACGAUGCUUCAUGAGCUUUGCCAUAAUGUUCAUGGUCCCCACAACGCCAACUUUUACAAGCUCUGGGAUGAACUCAGAAAGGAAUGCGAAGAGCUGAUUUCCAAGGGAAUAACUGGUACAGGAGAGGGGUUUGAUCUUCAGGGGAAGCGUUUGGGUGGGUUUUCCCGCCAACCUGCUCUGUCAUCUCUUCGCAAAACUGCCUUAGCUGCUGCGGAAAAGAGGGCAAAAUUGGGGUCUAUACUGCCAUCUCAGCCUAAAAGGCUUGGUGGUGAUAGCGCCAUUAUGGUUGCACUCAGUCCAAUACAAGCUGCAGCAAUGGCUGCAGAAAGGAGGUUGCAGGAUGAGAUAUGGUGUGGUUCUCUGUUGGCUGAGGCUGCUGAGGCUUCUGGUAAUGGAGAAACUAGCUCUGAUAUCGCAGAAGACCUUGUAUCAAUGGGGGAAUUUACAGAAAGCUCAAGGUUACGUGAUUGUAGAAAAAGAGGUUGUGAAUCAAAUGACAGAACAGCUUUUUUAUCUUCCAAUGGUCAUUCAGACUUCAAAUUCUUGGAUUUAUCCAAAGAUGCUUCAACAUCUGGGUCGAUGCGUGAUACCAACUGUAGAAAAAAAAUUUGCAUUUCCUUUAGGGAUCCAUCUCCUGAUACUGCUUCUCACAUAGAAGGUAGUUUCAUUGAUUUAACUGGUUAUCCAUCUUUUGGAUCCAAACCUAAUUGCAAUACAAUACAUAAUCUAGAGGAACCUCCUUUAGCCGGUAAUUCAUCCUUUGGUUCCAUAUGUAAUCAUGAUACAGCACAUAAUCCAGAGGCACCUUCGUUAUGGGAGUGUGGGAUGUGCACAUUACUGAAUCCGGUAAGUGAUCAGCAUCAUUGCAUUAAUGCAACUUUGGUUUGUGGCUAUGCUUCAUUGGAAUGUUCACUUUAUAGGCAGCCAUUAGCCCCAAUAUGUGAGCUUUGUGGCACACAAAAGCCCAAAGAUGCCAGCACCAAGUACAAAAUCUGGUCCUGCAAAUUCUGUACUCUGGAGAACAGUCUGAAGUUGGACAAAUGCUCAGCAUGUGGUCAGUGGAGAUAUUCGCAUGGUCCACCAGUGUCAACUCAUGCUCCCAACCUUGGCACCUGA